UGAUUUCGAGCGUUUCUUUCCCGUAUCGCUGCAAAUUUUUAGUAGCAAUCUCAAGUAAAAACCCAUAUGGGGGAACAUUUCCAUUCAUUAUAACUUUUAUUUCGCCGUUAGUGCCGGUAUGAAGUAGUUCAUUUUUAGUGAGGAAGCGAAACGGAAAGACAAACGAGUGUUGUUAUUAAAUAUUGUUAAAUGGUCUUUGUUUGCCGAAUACAUCUACCAUAUCAAAUAUAAAAAAAUAUAUAAAAGUGACCAAUGAACAAGUAAAGUGAUUGAGUGGGAUAUUUGGAAACCUCUUCAGAUAAAUACAACAAUUACGAGAUAGCAAAAAUGCUUCGCUCGCGUAAUAAAAAACUCAGCUGGUAUUAUGCGGUUUGCUUCACCGCAUUCUGGAUAAUACUCUAUGUGGCAAUAGUGGUGCAGCAAGUGAACCAUCUACCCACACCACUCACAUAUAAGGAUGCGGCAACACACACGGAUGAGUUCAUUGCCGAACGUGCUGAGCAUUUCCUUUUAAAACUCAGUAAUCUCGGUCCCAAAGUACUCGGUAGUGAGGCGAAUGAAGUGAAAGCGGUGCAAUUAAUAAUGGAUGAAAUUAGUGCGAUCCAAAAGCAAAAAAGUGAUUACUUUGAUAUUGAAGUGGAUAAGCAAGUGGUCUCCGGACAAUACUCAGUCACACGUCUAUAUCAGGGCGUACAAAAUGUCAUAGUCAAAUUGAGUGCCAAAACCAGUACGAGUUCAAACUAUUUACUCAUAAAUGCACAUUUUGACAGCGUGCCGACGAGUCCCGGUGCUAGUGAUGAUGGCGCAAUGGUAGCCGUAAUGUUGGAGGCUCUGCGCGUACUGGCAAUAUCUAAAGGACCGCUUGAACAUCCUAUAGUGUUUCUAUUCAAUGGCGCUGAGGAGGAUGGACUCUUUGGAUCGCACGGUUUUGUUAGCCAACACAAGUGGGCGAAGAACUGCAAAGUCGUAAUCAACUUGGACGCCGCUGGUUCGGGUGGUCGUGAACUACUCUUUCGUUCGGCUGCCAAUAGUCCCUGGCUCAUCAACUACUACAGUCGUGUGCCACAUCCAUUCGCCAAUGUUGUGGCUGAGGAACUCUUUCAGUACAAUUUAAUACCAUCUGACACGGAUUUUCGAGUUUUUCGAAACUACGCCGGUAUGCAGGGUCUUGAUUUGGCUUAUGUUUAUAACGGUUAUGUUUAUCAUACGGAAUUCGAUAGCUUCAGCGUUUUUCCAAAAGCAUCUCUACAAAAUACCGGCGAUAAUGUGCUCAGUUUGGCACAAGCUAUCGGUAAUGCGCCCGAAAUGAGAAAGGCAAUGUCCAAUAAUGACCAACCUGAGUAUCUAAUUUUCUACGAUUUCCUCGGCUGGUUUAUGCUCUCUUACACGCUGCAGACCAGCAUUAUCAUCAAUAUGGUUGUCUGCGCGGCCGCCUUGAUUGCGAUCACAAUUUCACUCUACUUUAUGUCGAAGAAAUCACAUUUAAGUUGGCUACCCUUCAUGAUACACUGUCUACUAACACUGAUCAUACAAAUAAUCUCAGUCGCUUUGGCUGCUGGCAUACCGUUAUUUAUAGCAUACUUCAUGGAUGUUAUCGGGAGUUCCAUGUCGUGGUUCUCUGAGAAUUGGUUGAUAUGCGGUCUUUACUUUUGUCCAGUAUUUUUCGCUUUGGGCAUUUUACCCGCCGUCUUUCUGGAAUGCACUAAGAAGCAAUUACUUGGCUUGAAUUUUCGCAUACAAUUAUUUAUGCACUCACACUGUCUCCUACUAAUCAUUUUAACGAUCGCUUUAACUUGUUUAGGCAUACGUUCGGCCUAUAUGUUCAUGUUGCCCGUAUUGUUUUAUGCCGGAGCAUUGAUUAUAAAUUUAUUAACACAAUUGCAUAAUAUUAAUCAUUGGUUUGCCAUACCAAUCGUAAUCAGUCAAAUAAUGCCGUUCAUAUAUAUCACAUAUGUUGCGGAGUAUUUAUAUUUCAUAUUAAUACCGGUGACUGGACGCAGUGGCAGCUCGUCAAAUCCAGAUUUACUAAUCUCUUUAGUUGCCAUAAUAAUGAGUGUACUAAGCAGUGGAUUUUUGAUUCCAUUAUAUUUUUUGUUCCGCAAAACACGUACCAUAAUCUCAUGCUUCUUGGCUGUCACUGUAAUUUUCAUUAUAUUGGCUUCUACACCGAUAGGUGCACCCUAUACCGCACAAUUGGCGCCACAACGUUAUUCAAUACAGCAUACGAAUCACGUACAACAUAAACUCGAUGGCAGUAUGGGCUUCAAUGAGUCGGCGAUAUAUCUCUAUCAACAAGAUCGUCACAUUGAUACGGCGGAGGAUGUAAUAAAUCGCUUCGAAGCCAUCUAUGAAACCAGCGUUGUCUGCAACGAUCCAACGACUUGUCGACAAAAUCGACCCAGCGUUUUCUAUUCACCACGUAGUAUGUGGCUACCCGUGAAUCAGGCACCCAUUGUACCCAGUGAGAAACCUGUGCUAACAAUAACUUCUUCUUCGUUACUGGAUGGCACACAAACGCGUCGUUACAAUUAUACAUUAACCGGUCCAGAUCACAUGUCGAUUAUUAUUGAACCAAAAGCGUCGGCAAAAAUCGUAAAUUGGUCCUUUGAUAAAGCAUUGUUGACUAGACCAAGAAAAAAUUACGCAAUCAUAUUCUCAUAUGGUGUAGAUAGCAAAGCGUUUGAGUUCUUCGUAGAUUUAGAGAACACUACCAAUAAUGGUACCACUGGGAAUUUAGAGAUUGGCAUUGCCGGUAAUUGGAUACAUCAGACAAUUCAACGCGCUAAGAUUUAUGAUGAAUUCCUAAAGAGUUUUCCGAAAUAUGUUACGUUCCAAAGCUGGAUUGCCAGCUAUGAAACUUGGUUAUUUUAAUGUGGGACUAUAUUUGUAAUGAUUAAAUUGUAAUAAAUGUUAUAAAAAUUGAAAAUAAUAUCGAAGGCAAUAAGUUGAG